UAUGUGCCAGGCACAGCUGCUGCCAGGACGUUAGAGUAAAAAGUGGCAAGCUCUUGUCCUCUCUCCAGGCAGAAGGAUCUCCCUUUCAUUUCCCCUGCCUCUAAUUAAGAAUCGACCUCGUACGAAUUUGUUUAUUCGGUUUUUUUAAUGGUUUAGUUCUGUUUCUCCCACUGUUUACUUUUGCUCAUUUGGAAACUAAAAUCGGUCAGAGUUCUAUGAAGCUGAGGAUAGACAACAGCUCCCCCCUCGCUCACCGAAUUGUGGGCAAGGGUAGGAAAUUCAGCUCUGUAGGCUUCCUAAACUCGGCUUCAGGACGAUGACGUCAAGGUGGAGGGACGCGUGAACCAGGAACUGGAAGCGACUCAUUUUUGCUCUCCACCACCCACACAUUGCUAAGUUAUGCCUUCAGAAGACCACAAACUUGCGGGACUGACGGGCUUGUGCCGGGCUCUUCUGGAGGGCUGAGCACCCAGGGUCAGUGACACAAGAGAGACCCAAAUCAACAAUCAACUGGAAAGACAACAUGAUGUUCUCAAAUAAUCUACAAAAUGUCGUCCACAAUCCGGUGAUUCCAUAUGUUGGCACACUCCCUGAGGAGCUGAGGCCUGGGAAGUUAAUUGUCAUCCACGGUCGUGUGCCUAAUGACGCAGAUAGGUUCCAGGUGGAUUUCCAGUGUGGCAGCAGCGUGAAGCCCCGCGCCGACGUGGCCUUCCACUUUAACCCGCGGUUCAAGAGGUCGGGCCACGUCGUGUGCAACACCCUGACGAAGGAGAAGUGGGGAAGUGAGGAGAUCACCUAUGAGAUGCCUUUUGAGAAAGGAAAACCUUUCGAGAUCAUCAUUAUGGUUCUGAAGGACAAGUUCCAGGUGUCUGUGAAUGGAAAGCAUCUGUUGCUUUACAAAUACAGGAUUGAUCCAGAGAAAAUAGAUACUCUGGGAAUUUAUGGCAAAGUACAGAUUGAGUCGCUUGGAUUUCGCAAUAACUUUUCUUUACAAGGAACCCAAGAAACUUCCCUGGGAAUGUUGAAGACGAAUUCAGGAAAUCAGAUGCAAACAUUAGAGGCAUCACAAUUUACACUUCCUUAUGUGGCAAGAUUGAACCCCGUCCUGAGCCCUGGACGAACCAUCGUCGUCAAAGGAGAAGUGAAGAAAAACCCAAAGGGAAGCUUUAGUAUUGACCUAACAGCUGCUAGUACAAAGGACAUCGCAUUGCACUUAAACCCUCGGCUAAAUGCUAAAAUAUUUGUAAGAAAUUCUUUUCUUCAUGAGAGCUGGGGAGAAGAAGAAAGAAGUAUUGCACAUUUUCCAUUUAGUCCUGGGAUGUAUUUUGAGAUGAUCAUCUACUGCUCUCCUGACGAGUACAAAGUCGCCGUCAAUGGGAUCCACGCGUUGGUGUACAAACACAGAUUUAAGGAUUUCGGCAAGAUCGACACGCUGAAGAUCAAUGGGGACGUGGACGUGUUAGAUAUAAGGAUCUGGUAGCCGGAGGCUCCGGGCCGGGAGGGGCCUUUUAACAUUGUCCUUGUGCAAUUCCUCUCCGUUGUCCAUUCCUCAUCUUGUCCCUUACCUUUCCUCCUAUGAAAACCGAGACAAGGUAUCCCCCCAAAGUUAUCCCUGCAGCCGAGCUUAGAGUGGGGGCGGGGACAAGAAAGCUGGGGGCCCGGCAGGCCACUUCUCUACACUUUCCUCUUUUCCUUUUCUUUCUCCUUUUUGCCCACUUCCUCCCCUUUUCCUUGGGCCUUGCUUAACUGCCCUGGGGCAAUGAGGAUUAAAAAGGGUUACUGAGGGGGCAGCUGGGUGGUUGGGGGGGCGGGGAUUGAGAGCCAAACCU